AUGGCCAAGGUCUUGGGGGCUAACCCCAAACUGGGGGAUGUGGGAAUGCUGAAAAGGCUCAUGUUCGAGUCUUCUGCAUUCGUUGUGGCGGCCCUUCGCCAGAGCGUCAUGGGGGACACCGAGACACCGCGCAAGCUGCCGGUCGCCGAGAAAGCGGCACGUGCUGUAGCGCAAAAGCAACGGCUGGGCGGCCUCGUCAUCGAACGUGACAUGGUGCCCAGCUAUGCAUUAGUCGAUCUGUGCUCCCACAUGUGUGACACGAACACUGUUACUUGGAUCAGCCCCGGGAAGUGCACCUCUCGUGAGUCAGAGAUUCAGGUGUCGUCAAAGGAGACCGCCAAGGUAUUCAAGCUUGAGGACCAGCAGCUGAAGAUCGGCUCAGACCCUAUCGAGUUGGCAGCUGAUUACAGUUCGGCUAUCAUGCUGCAGUGGUGUUUGCAACGCCGUGGUUUAGCAUUCGACCAAGCUGGAGUCGGCAUUGCACAGUUAGUUCAAGCAGACAAAGAGGCCUCCUUUAUGGUCAUGUCGUCGGAGUUACAAACUAUCAAGGCAACGUCGGCUGGCACCCGCCCAAUGGGGGAGAAACUCGAGGCACUCUGCUAUGACCCUCGCGUUACCUGCCUGUUGAUGCCAGUGCCUUUCAAGCACCCUGGGCGAAUCGUUGCUCCCCCUGCGCCUGCAGAUGAUGCACCUGUGCUUUCCAAGGGGGCAAAGCGGCGACUGCGCCAAGCCAAAGCCAAGGCUGCAGCUAAGGUGAAAAUCGUUCAGCCGGGGGGCGGUGGGAGCGCCGCGCGACGAACGAUGCCAGCUGAAUUGAAAGACCUCCACCAAAAAAUGGCUGAUGGAGCACUGAUCUGCUGGGAUUUCAAUUUGGAGU